GAAGGCAGAAAGUACUGAGCUAAUGAGGUAGUGGCCAAAGUCUAAGCUACAGUUAAAGGGCAUGAUACGCUACACUGUAAAGUUCAUAAUGGUCCUUUAGAGCUCAUGUGUGCAGAUAUUUCAGCUGUCUCAGGGGUAAAGUUUUAACUUAUUUGCCUCAUGCUGUUGAAGAUUUCUUACCUAUUUAAAAUCUGAUAUUUCCGCUGCUUGCAUAUCUUUGCUAUUUGAAGCCCUUGUGACUUUGUCUUGAAAAUUCAAUUUGUGUUUAUCUAAAGUACAAUAUCUCACACCUAUUUCUUUUUUUCAAUUUCUGAAAAUUUUUGUCAGUAAUGUGCAAGAGUUCUUCAACAAUUAAAGCCUAUUUCCAUGUCUGAGGCAUCUGUAAAAUUGAUUUUAGUUCUGGAGCCAGCUGCUGGUAGGUUGGGAUGCCUACCUUACCUUACUCUUAUUUUUGGUUCAUUUUUAUAGAUCUUCCUAACUGCAGUAAUGCCAUGUGAAAUGGUUUAUAUUGGUACAGUAGAGGUCAGCUUUAUCAUUAGUAUGGUAUGCAGGGCUAUUUCUGAUUUGAAGUCUGAAUUUUGUUUUAAAGAUUAAUACAGAACUCUCAAGUAAAAUUUGUACAAAUUUUUCCACUGUCCUAAGUGCCACUUUUCAUUUCACAGGUAAUGAAACUAAGAUACAAAGUAAAUAAAUUGCCUUAGUUAAAAAAUAAUGGCUGGUAGAAUUAGAACUCAGGUUUUCACACUCUAAGCAAUGUGCCUGAAUUACUGCAUCUUUUAGGCUGUUUAUUUUCCUCAUUGUAACCACUAAACUAAUACUGUCAGUAUGCAAUAUUAUGGCUCAUUAGCAGCAAGGGUGUGUUUGCUCAAACAUACCUCAAGAAAUUAUGUAGCUUUCUUGUGCAGAAAUACGUGAGAAUUGGCUGAAAUGUAUGCUGCUUAGAUACAAUAGCAUUUUAUUCUCUUAUGUUGUUGGCUUUAUCUAUUGUGACAUGAAAAAGAUCAAUAACGUGCAUAAAACAUAACACGGUUGAUAUAUUUCCUCCUUCGUUCAUUCUUGAAAUAGUAUUUGAUCUAUAGAUUAAAAUAUUAUCUUGUAUUUUCUUAAGUUACUUGAAUGAAUAAUAAAUUGCAAUGGCAAAUCUAAAUGCUAAAAGGUACACUUCAGUUUUACUAAACUAUUACACUUUUCCAAAAAAAUACCUUUUAAACAUUUUUUGUGUGUCUUGAAAUUCUUUUAUAUGUAGGAUUUACUUUGUAAUUGCUGAAGUGGUUCUUGUCACUGUUUUGCAGCACCAGUUUGUUUUCCUGACUGCUUGGAUUCUGCAGCUUCUGGUUGCAGAGGGCUCAAGUUCUGUAUCUUGGCAUCUGACCUUGGUUCAAGCUCUGAACUGAGGCUUUAUGUCUUUGAAUCUUUAGGGCUAUCUAAUCCUUUUCUUACAGCCAUUUUCAGCUAAGUAAAUUCACAUAUAAAUUGUUAUUCUUUACAUUCUACUUACGGAUAGUUAGCUAAACUGUUAAAAAGCUGUUCCUCUAAUCAGGUGGUAUGUGUGUACUUUCAUUUGGAGGGGAAUAUGUGCUGGGCUUCUAUUCUCUUAACCACUGAGGAAAAGCUUUGUCUUGUAGGAAAAAAGAAGCUCUCAGUGCUUUUUCUCUGCCAGGAAAAAAUCUUUAUACAGGACAAAAGCUUUUAUUUUUCCUUAUUUUCUUUAGGCGUAUUUCUAGUAGUGAAAAAAAUUUAUUAGAAACAGAAAUCUAAUAGAAUUGGAGGUUUUAUGAAAUUAAGCAUAUGAAGGAUUUGAUAAAUAGUUCAGCUUUUUUAAUGUACUUAUUAGAAAGCAGUAGUGCUGUAUAAAAAGAAAGGUGGUGAUAUGUUCAAAAUUGUCACAAAUAGCUGGAAAAUCUUUUGGGACAUUAUUAUAAUCAGAAAAUACUGGUAAGUAAGAGAUGAGAUUUUUAAUUUUAUUUGGACAAAUUUUAUUUUGUAUUUUGAUUUACUAGACAAUUAUUUCAUCUUUUAAGAUACAAACAUGAAAUCUGUUUAGUACUACAGAUGUCUGAAUUAAUUUACUUAAUUUGGCAUUACUUCUUGGGAAAAGUGGUUUGGGGAAACAAAAAUGUGAGCCUCUUAAGAAAUGAAAAAAAAUUAUUUUUUGUCAAAGUUCGCCAAUUUAUUUUUAAUAAAUGGACAUAAGUUUACACCUUUGUGCUAAUGGGUUUUGGUUUCAAGUAAUAAUCUUUACUGUGAUUAAUAUUAAAAUGCUGUUUGCAUAGUCUUAGCAACUUUUUCUCAUAAGCUAGCAAGCAUUAUAGGUUGUCUGCAAAUCUUUCAUCAUGUGACCCUAAGCAAGAUAAAAUGGGAAGAUGAUCCUCAUCCUAAAUUCAAUACAGCUGGAGGAAAGUUUGUUCUGAUUAAAGUGCUGUCUGUGCCUCUGCUUUUUCUGAAAGUAUGGCUGCCUAUCUGUAGUUAAAAACUUAAUACUGAUAUCAGGAUGUUGUUUCCUGUGGUGGUGACCUGAGACUGUCUGGAAUUUGAGAUAUUUUGUAUAUAUCUGAUAGCACUUUAGCUUAGCUCACUGGCAGACUUAAUAAGUCUUCUAUGUGAUUUAUACUGCUUUGAAUAAAAGGUUUAGUGUUAUGUAGAGCUGAUGUUUCUCAAGGUUUGCUUUUUUGGCAAUAUACAAGGAUUGCUCUCUGGUUUGACUUUUACCAGUGGAAAUUCAGGAUUCCAAGGCAGAAGAACUUCUCUGAAAGUAUAAAGCCUGUUCCAGAGUUAGGUGUAGAAUCCCAAGGUCCAUAAAUAGAGUUUCCAUGAUUGCAAGGAAAACAAUGAACUUGUUGUGAGGGAAUAGUGUUGUUUUUAUGCUGUGGACAUCCUAAAGGAAUAGCUGUAAUGGGCUGUGACAGGUAGAUUAAUUCAGCAAAAAUUACUAAUUAUCUCUUGUUACUGUCCAGUCAAAAAAAAUACCAUGUCUGUUUUUAAACACCAGCUGUCCAACCUGUAAAAAUUGCUCUUUUGCAUCCCUGAGAGCUUAUAAUACAAUAAUACAGAAUUCUGUUCUAAAUGAUUAUUUUAGAGCUGAGCAAACUAGAUUUAAGUAAUAAUAUGGAGUUACUUACCUUAUGUUUGUGCUCAACUGAAGAACCUUUAUUUUUCAGAGUAAUUUUAUUCUUAUUUUGCCUUUUAAUUAAUAUCUUUGAGAAGAAGUAAAAGCUCAGCAGUUGUGGGAAGAGGGUGGAGGACAGUGGGCAGUGGGAAACAACCCUGCAGACAGCAAGGUCAGAGAAGGAAGAGGGGAGAGGUGCUCCAAUCACUGGAGCAGAGAUGCCCCUGGAGAAGACCAUGGUGAAACACAUAGAACCUGCAGCCCAUGGAGGACCAGGGUGGACCAGAUAUCCACAGUGCAGCCCUUGGAGGACCCACUGGAGCAGGUGGAGAUUCCCUGAAGGAAGCUACAGCCUAUGAAGAUCUCAUGCUGGAGCAGGCCUCUGUCAGGAAUUGCAGCCUGUAGAGAAGAGCCCAUGCAGGAGCAGGUUUUCUGGCAGGAGCUGUGGGUCUGUGGAAUGGUCUCUUCCUGAAGGACUGUGCCCUGUGGAAAAGACACAUACUAGAGCAGCUCAUGAAGAGCUGCAGUUGUGGGAAGAACACUGGAGCAGUUUGUGAAGGCCUGUAACCCAUGGGAGAGACCCCAAGCUGGAAGCAGGGAAAAAAGAGGAGGAAGUGGCAGAGCGGAACUGUUAUGAACUGAGAGCAGCCCAUUUCCCAUUCUCCUUGCACUGUUUGGGGUGGGGGAGGAGGUAGAAGAGUCAGGAAUGAAGGAGUGAAGCUGAAGCCAUGACUGUGAGCCAGAAGAGCUAACUGACUGGUCUAUGGAUGAGAAAUGUUCCUUUUGUAAUUUACACAAAGAAACAGCCAGUGAUCGUGCAUCAGUUUUCGGUUCUUCACAGUCAACGCCUACAGAGGAACUGUCAUCUCAGGGCCAGUCCAACACUGAUAAGAUUGAAUGCCAAGCAGAAAACUAUCUAAAUGCACUCUUUCGAAAGAAAGAUCUUCCUCAGAACUGUGAUCCUAACAUUCCCCUAGUUGCUCAGGAAUUAAUGAAAAAAAUGAUCCGUCAGUUUGCGAUUGAGUACAUUUCAAAAAGUAGCAAAAUUCAAGAGAACAGAAAUGGUUCAUCAUUUGAACCAAGUCUGAUGUGUAAAAGUAUCCAAAUGAACCAAACGGAAAACUCCCUUCAGGAAGAACAGGAUAGCCCUCUAGACCUCACUGUGAAUCGAACUCAAGAACAGAAUACUCAGCAAGGGGAUGGAGUGCUAGAUCUCUCUACAAAGAAAAGCGCAAGGUUGGAAGAACCAAAAUAUGAUCCCUUGUGUUCUGAAAACUCAGUGUCUGGUUCAAGCUCAACAGCUGAUGCAAAUUCAGAGGAAACAGCUAAUUUGGAAAAAGGAAAAUCAACAUUAAACAAAGUUUUGGAGUCUUUUUGUUCAUAUCACUGGCAACAGACUUUGGCUAUGUUAAAAUUCCUAUUACAGGAUGAAAAUGUUUCUAUAGUUUGCAGUUGCAAGCAAACACAUUUGGUCCACUCUGAAACUCCCAGUUCCCUUACUGAAGAGGAUGUUCACGUUCCAUUUUGCAGUUGCAAUGGACACAUGCUGACAAAAAGGUGCUGUUUACAAAAUCAAAGGCCAAACACUUGUUUACCACCUCUGUCUGUUUGUAUUAAAGAUUUCCAUUCUUUGUCAUGCCAAGCUGUAGCAAUUGGAUGUAUUAAGACAAUGGUGAACAAAGCAUGUAGUUCUCCUAAGUAUUGUGCUGACCAGUUGCAAAAUUAUAACAGGCAUUCUGGGAAAGCAGCAGCAUGUACAUACUCAGCUAAGGACUGUGACCUCUUAAGCAGCAUUAAAAAUUCAAACAGAUCUCGCAGUCCAUCGCCACCUCCACUAUCACCUGUACACAGUAAAGAAUUUGAAUUGUCAGAAGGAAUGGUUAUGGACUUUCCAACUUUAGACAACAACAAGCUUGAAAUAUCCAUCAACCAGCCUCCGUCCCUCUUGCCAGCUGAAGGAAGCAAAGGAGAGUUUGAGUAUAUGGGUAAAACAUGCAAAGGAAAAGAGAUUGAUUGUUCAGAUGGAGCACUGGGAUCAGCAGACCAGGAAAGCAAUGAUGGUUAUAUGAACUCUGAGAAAGGUGAACAUUCUGCCAUUUUUCAAGAUUUAAUGGACCGCAUUAAUGAGAAGUUGAAAUCAAUAGACACUACAGAUCUAGCCACAAAUCUUGUAAAACUUUCUAGCAGUGACAGGGCACCAGAAAAUGAUGUCAAAUUAGGAGACUUCAUAACUUCUCUUUUGCAUAAUGCUAAGGCAAGUGAUUACAGCUUUAUGGAAUUACUUCGCCAACAUGAUAAACAAGUGGAAAAUAAAAUUAUUCAGACAAGAUUUCGCAAGCGUCAGGAAACUUUAUUUGCGACGUAUAAUUCUCCUGACUCACCAGUCAUUCGACGACAGUCCUUGCAAAUCAAGAGGGAGCUUGCAAGCCUUGAUGAAACUCUUGUACGAAAAAAGUCAAUUUCUGAGAGAAAUGCAAAGAGAUCUACAAAAAAAAUUGAUAAAAUGCAUCCAAGUAAAAGACACAGUUUUACUGUAAUAGGAGAUGAGACUUUGCAACAUCUUGAAAGUAAUCCAUGCGCAAAUUGCCAAACCAAACCAAUGUGCUUUCCAGUACACCAAACAGAGUCUUUCAAUCUACCUCUUACUAGUUUUCAGACCAGCUCCAGCUUUUUAGUUCUUUCAGAAAACAGUGCUAUUGCAGCCAGCCAGGCAAAACUCCCAAAUACACAAGGAGAUUGUGCAACCUUAAAAGAGACUGGUCAGAUUCCUCUGAAGGAUGAGAGUAAUGAAAUCUUGGGUAGAACUAAACGUAACAUUGUGCCUCCUGGGUGGUACUCUGUGUAUGUAACAAACAAUAUCAUGUUUAGAAAGUCAUCCAGUACAAAAAAGUCCUUGAAAAGUUUGGAAAAAAUGAGAGUAAAUAAAAAUCUUCAUGCUGAAAGAUGCAGUGACAUAAAUAUAAGCAAAAUUGUAAGAGACACAAAUCUGCAAGUUGUUGUGGAGCGUUUAGAAGAUACAAUAAACUUAUCCAGGAAGACUAGCAACUCGUUGGAUAGUUACAAAAUGAGCCAAAAAUUAAAAGACAAUGCUUAUGAACAGGUUAUGAACCCAGCUCCUAGAAGGGGCUUACCUUUCACUCUGAGCGAAAUGGGAUGCACAGGACAAACCUUCUCUCCACAUUCACAUGUGCCAAGCAGCAGUAAAAUCAAAGCAAUCUGUGUUGCGUCAAACACACAAGAAACUGUUAUAGAUCAAGAAAUUAAUGACGGCCUUUUGAAGUCUCUGACCUUUAAUCCAAGCAGUUCAGCUUCCAGUAACGGGGACUUGCAUGUAACUUCUGAAGCCGGGGAGCUCCCAUCUCCCUUAAACUACUCUAGUCCUAUUAAGCUUAUGUUUGUCUCAGAAGUUAACAGUCAUGAAGGAGUCAAGUACACCUUGACAUCUGCAGCUGCAUCUACUAAGGGAAGCACAGAUCUUUGUUUGUUUCAGGGGCACACAAACCCUUUGUUGGAUAAACAGGCCACAGACCUUUCACAAGCAGUCUGUGUCAAGGGUUGUGAUUGCAGUGAAAAUGAUACUAAGGAGAGGUCAAGCUGCAUUUAUGCAGAAGCUCUUACAAGCUCUUGUCCAGUUGGUCAAAUUAACAUAAAUGACUCAAAAAAAAAUGAUGAAGUUGUGGAGAAAUCAAGCAGUAGCAGUGAAUUAGUUUUCAAAAGAAAACCUGGUAGACCAAAGAAAAUAGGUCCUCAAGUAGUUAAGCAGGUUAAGAGACCAAUUGGACGUCCUCCUAAACCAAAAGUAGACAUGAGUGGAAGCACAAAACCUAGACCUGAACUUAGCUGUGGUGGUAAAAGCCUCAAGUCUGAUGCAGCAGCAAUAGAAGAAGUUAACAGCAACAAAAAUAUUACUGUGACAGUUGUUUUUGGAAGGUCAAGAAGAACUAAGAGACAUGUUUCUGAAGGUAAUCUAAAUCUCAUCAGCAUUCUGCCCACACAACACAUUGAUUCUAAUUUUGCCAAUGAUCCCAGCAAAGCAAGGCACAAUGCAGAAACUGGAAAUGCUUUGACUGAAACAGUAAAAGCCUUCCAGAAUCCUUCUGCUGAAAAGGAGGUCUCUGGUUAUGACUAUGUCAGGCCUAUCAAGGGUAAUCUGGCAUCACCACAUCCUUGCAGCAAUAUUAUACGGCAGAUUAAGAAACCAUUAACCACUGUUCGAAAACCUGGCAGGCCAGCAAAAGUAAAAAUUUCCGGCAUAUCAGUGACUGUCAGUAGACUUUCACCUCAGGAAAGAAAAGUGAGCAUCAGCAAUGGUUUGCCUCCUUUACAACAGCAGAAUGUGUUAGAGAAAAGCACAUCACAGGAAAGAAAAAAUCAACUGUGCAAUAAUGUGGGUCAAGUAAAGAACAUGCAGAAAGAUUCUAGAGAGGAUGGAUCACACAGUGUUACUACAGCAGUGUCAAGAAAACGUGAAAUUCCAUCGAGACACUCUGCUAGAGACAGAAAACCUUCACUGCAUUUUUUGCAUUCAUUAGCAUCUUCUAGUCCAUUCACUUGUAGAAGUGCCUUACUACAUAAAUCUUACAAACUUCAUUUGAAAAAAGCUAAAGAGCGAAAGGAAAAACUAACACAAUCAAAUCAGUGCACAGCAUCCAGGGAUACCUCAGACCAGAGAAAUCCAGGAAAUGCUAAAAAGGAUCUUAAGGAUGGUGGAUUCGGGCCCAUUAAUGAGGUAUCAUCAGAUCCCAUUUUUUCGUCAAAUCCCUCUCUCAGGUGGUGGCCUACUUCCACUUCAAGUGACACCUUGUUGGAAGAACUAAACAAUAGAUUUGAACAGAUGACUAAUACCUGGUUGAGAGUGGGGGUAAGCGAGUUUGACAAAUGUGUAUGUGAGAAAAGAGAUCCCAUUGAACGAGACUGUAAUACUGAAAUGUCAGACCCUUUAGACUCCUGCCUUGUAGGACUUGAAACAUCACCUAUAAAAAUGCUUUUCCAGAAAAAGUGUAAUAUGAAUGAACUCUGCACCUGGUUUAUGCAAACUACAGAAACACAGUCUCUCUCUCUUGUGAGAAAGGCAAAUGCUCGCAAUCCCUUAGAAGUAGUUAGUACUAAAGAGAUAAAGAUGGAAACUAAACAAUCUGAUCCUAGCACUUGCCCUUUCAGAAAGCACUUUAAAAAGUUUGCACUAUCCUCCCCUUCAAAACCAGCAGGGAAAUUGCAAAUAUUACAUAACAUGGUGAGGUCUCCAGUCUUAAGCAUGAAAAGUAAUUUCACUUUAGCCAGAUUAAAAAGAAAUGAAUUUAAGAAGUUGCAGCGUGAUAGGUGGGAACAAACAAAAAAGCUCUAUAAUCAGGCUCCUGGAGGCUGGAAAUCAAAAAAGAAAAAUCUGCAGUUGUUUUGCCAAAGCCAGUUGUUUAAGAGUACGAGUGGGGAAGCCAAUGAUGAAACACCCAAGCUGCAGGAGAAAAAUGCAGUAGAAAUCCAGCCCACUCAGACUUUGGUAGAGUCUCAGAAUAGCCUCUUGCCAACUGAAAAUGAAACCAGAGAUGCAUUUGUUGAACAGAUGAUGGGAUUGUCUGACUUUAACCCACAUCCUGGUUUAGCAAAUAUACUUAAGUCACAUUCAGAGGCAAAUGGAACAAUUCAUUGCCAGCAAAAUGUUAGAAAAGAACAAAAUCAAGAUAAACUGUUUCAAAAUACUUGGAAAGCCAAAACCUUUAAAGACUGUAGGAUAUUUCUGAGAAAAAUCAACCAUAUUGAGCAGCACAAUUCAUUUAAAUUAAAUAAUGUCAUUUAUUCUCCUGAAGCUGUCGACAGUAAAAGCACUCAGGCCUAUAUGGAAGAAAAAAGACAUCCUCUUUUAAGGUCCCAUUCUACUAAACAAAAUACAUUAAAGAAACGAGAAAAUGAAGUGGAAACAUCUAAAGGAUCUAAUUCUUCUAAGGUGAUUGAAAAGCUGGAUGGCCAGUUUCACAGCAGAAAAUUAAGUAGUGGUGUAAACCAGGACGAUAAUCCUGCUGGUAGUUCUGAAGGUCUUACUAGAAUAAACAAAAGGAAAAGUCCACAAUGGGAGACCACUGAUACAAAUUUAAGAAAAAGGCAUAAGAGACAGUCAUGCAGUAGUGGACAAAUGGCACCUUAUUACCCAAAGUACCAAGUAGGUGGAGACCGACUACCUCGAAGCAAAGCAGUACAAAGGUAAAUUACCUGAGGAGAUCUCCUUCACCAACGGAUUGAAAUGUAUGGAAGCACCAGUUUGUUUCUGCAGUAUGCUUUCAUCUUCACUUACCUUGAGAACUUCUGUGUGACAGUGUUUAAUGACCCUAAUGUCUGAAAGAAAGACCAAGCCUGCUGGAGAAUCUCGUGAAAGAUUGUCAUUCAACAAAUCUGUAACUGCACUUUUUGAGGUUUCUGCUAAAUGGUCUUUCUUCCCCAUUUGUUUUUAUGAAGUUAUGCCUGCCACCAAUUAAAAUGGAUGUAAAUGCUCUUCCUAUUUCAUUUUUUCCGUGUACUUUGGAAAUUCAAUGUAAAAUCGAAAUUUUAUCUCUACUCAAAGAAGUAGUAAAUGGUUGUAGCUGACUACAUUGUAGACAUUCCAUGCUUAAAUGAUCUUAGCAAGGUUCAUGUACUUCGUUCAUCAAAACUUUAUUAUUGAUACAGUUUAAAAAAAGUGUUAGAAUAAAACCAUAUAAUAUACUUCUCUUUUCUGGAGUCAUACAUUCAGUAGCUAGAGUAGAGGUUUCUUAAUUCAUGAUGAGUUGUCUGUCCUUUACUUGACAAGAACUAAUUUUCCAGAAGGAAAUUUUCUUGGAAGACACUGUAUUUUAUAAAACAAAGGUUUUAAGGAUUCACCUUACAAGAAUGAAGAUGCAUUUCCUCUUUACAGGGGUUUGUUGGUUUGCAGGUGCAAUCCAGUAACUGAAAUAAAGAGAUUGUUAUGAAUUCUGGUGGCACAAGAUCCCAAGAGGGUAUUGAGUCACUGAAGCAUUGGACAUGAUUAAAAGAAUGUGAUUUAAAAAAUAAACAUUCAUCAUGUUUUGAGCUGUUUAAAAGGUC